AGCAGUUUCCGGCGCUGCUGCUGUAGACUGUAGGAGCUGCGUCAGAGUGAAGAGCAGGAGGCAGAAGUUAGAGACGGAGAGCGACCUCCGUGCCACAAGAUGACACAAUGGAACCAGUUGCAGCAGCUGGACACCAGAUACCUGGAACAACUUCACCAGCUAUACAGCGACAGCUUUCCCAUGGAGCUACGCCAGUUCCUUGCACCAUGGAUAGAGAGCCAGGACUGGGGUUUUGCUGCCAGCAAGGAGUCGCAUGCAACUCUAGUUUUCCACAAUCUUCUGGGUGAAAUAGACCAGCAAUACAGCAGAUUCCUACAGGAAUCCAAUGUCCUUUACCAGCACAACCUCAGGAGAAUAAAGCAAUUCCUACAGAGUAGGUACCUGGAAAAACCAAUGGAGAUUGCACGUAUAGUAGCCCGAUGCCUGUGGGAAGAGGGGAGACUUCUUCAGACUGCAGCAGCUGCUGCCCAGCAAGGAGGCCCUGCAUCCCAUCCCACGGUAACUGUAGUUACUGAAAAGCAACAGAUGUUGGAGCAGCACCUGCAGGAUGUCAGGAAGAAAGUCCAGGACCUCGAACAGAAAAUGAAAGUGGUAGAAAAUCUUCAAGAUGACUUUGACUUCAACUACAAAACUUUAAAAAGCCAAAGUGAUCUUUCAGAUCUAAAUGGUAACAACCAAGCAGUGACUCGGCAGAAGAUGCAGCAGUUGGAACAGAUGUUGACUGCUCUAGACCAACUAAGAAGAACAAUAAUUAGUGACUUGGCUGGACUCCUGUCUGCUAUGGAAUACGUCCAGAAGACUUUAACAGAUGAGGAGCUUGCAGACUGGAAGAGGAGACAACAGAUUGCAUGCAUUGGAGGUCCUCCAAAUAUCUGCCUUGACCGCCUUGAGAACUGGAUAACCUCUCUUGCUGAAUCUCAACUGCAGACACGUCAGCAGAUCAAAAAACUAGAGGAAUUGCAGCAAAAGGUCUCUUACAAGGGGGACCCCAUCAUUCAGCACCGGCCCAUGCUGGAGGAGAGAAUUGUGGAGUUAUUUAGGAAUCUCAUGAAGAGUGCAUUUGUGGUGGAGAGACAGCCAUGUAUGCCAAUGCACCCAGAUCGCCCCCUAGUGAUCAAGACAGGAGUACAGUUUACUACCAAAGUCAGACUUCUGGUCAAGUUUCCUGAGCUCAAUUACCAACUGAAAAUCAAAGUCUGCAUUGAUAAAGAUUCUGGGGAUGUUGCUGCGCUCAGAGGGUCACGCAAAUUUAAUAUUCUUGGUACAAACACAAAGGUGAUGAAUAUGGAGGAGUCAAAUAAUGGCAGCCUGUCCGCUGAAUUCAAACAUUUGACUCUCAGGGAGCAGAGAUGUGGCAAUGGAGGAAGAGCAAACUGUGAUGCAUCACUUAUUGUUACUGAAGAGCUUCACCUAAUUACUUUUGAGACUGAAGUAUACCACCAAGGCUUGAAAAUUGAUCUGGAGACUCACUCAUUACCAGUUGUAGUGAUAUCUAACAUUUGUCAGAUGCCCAAUGCUUGGGCCUCCAUACUGUGGUACAACAUGCUGACAAACAACCCAAAGAAUGUCAACUUUUUCACCAAGCCUCCCAUUGGCACAUGGGAUCAGGUGGCUGAGGUUCUAAGCUGGCAGUUCUCUUCCACCACAAAACGCGGCCUCAGCAUUGAACAAUUAACCACGCUGGCUGAAAAACUGCUGGGUCCUGGAGUAAACUAUUCCGGCUGUCAAAUCACCUGGGCCAAAUUUUGCAAAGAAAACAUGGCUGGAAAAGGGUUUUCAUUCUGGGUGUGGCUGGACAAUAUCAUUGACCUUGUAAAGAAAUACAUUCUCGCACUUUGGAAUGAAGGGUAUGUAAUGGGUUUCAUCAGCAAAGAGCGUGAACGAGCCAUUCUCAGCCCCAAACCCCCUGGUACAUUCCUGCUGAGGUUCAGCGAGAGCAGCAAAGAGGGUGGUAUUACCUUCACCUGGGUGGAGAAAGAUAUCAGCGGUAAGACACAGAUCCAGUCGGUAGAGCCGUAUACAAAGCAGCAGCUGAACAACAUGUCCUUUGCUGAAAUCAUCAUGGGUUACAAAAUUAUGGAUGCCACCAACAUUUUGGUGUCCCCUUUGGUGUACCUGCAUCCGGACAUCCCCAAAGAAGAAGCCUUCAGCAAGUACUGCCGCCCAGAGAGCCAGGAACAUCCCGAACCCACUGACUCAGGUAGCACUGCCCCAUAUCUGAAGACGAGGUUUAUUUGUGUAACACCGACAACAUGUAGCAACACAUUAGACUUGCCCAUGUCUCCUCGCACCUUGGACUCUCUGAUGCAAUUUCCUGGAGAAGGAGCUGAUGGCAGUUCUGGGACCCCUUUUGAUAGCGUCACGUUUGACAUGGACCUGGCUUCUGAAUGCGCAUCUUCCCCCAUGUGAUUAGGUCUUAUCUCGGUUUCCAGCAAAUCAGUGUAUUGCCACACAGCCACCAUCUUAGCUGUACAUAUCUGUACUCGUCUCCUGCUGGACACAUUAAAAGUGUUUGAUUUAUUUAGGAGUCUGCAAGGUAUUACCAAGUAUCCUUAAUGGGUGCUAGAAGUCAUUAAUCAAGAACUCAUCGUUCAUGUUAGUCUUUUCAUGAUUUUAGUUCUACUGUUUCAUUACUUGGCCAAAUGAGUAUUUUUUUAAUGUCCAUGUAAACAUUAUAGCAUUGACUGCUGCCUCAGGGCACUAAAUGUUUUUUUAAGUGUGUUCACAAUUUGGCUAAUUCUUGAAGGGGUCCCCAGAAUAAUCUAAACCCCAAUUGCUGAUCCCAGCCUUCCUAUGUAGUAAUUACCCAUGGAAGUUAGAUCAUUGUUGCUGAAUUCUGUCACUUUUAUCA